CGCCACGGCACCCCCCGCCCCGCACGCCCACCGCCGGGAGGAUGGUCUGCGGGCGGCGGCACGGCAGCCCCCGAGCUCCCUGAACCGCGGAAACAAAGGGAGCAAGCAGCAGCAGCCGGGCCGGGGUGGAUGCGAGCAACCAUGAAAGGCUGGGUCUCCGCCUCCUCCGCUGCUGCCAGAGAGCUGCCGGCUGCUGCUGCUCGGAGGACUACACUGUGAGAAGGGGGCGGAGGAGAGGCUGGCCGGGGCUGCCGUGCGAAGGUAGAAGGUGUAAGGGAGAGGCGGCAAGAAAAUGUCUUCUUCGGUGGGGCCCCGCGGCCCUCGCCCGCCCACGGUGCCCCCCCCGAUGCAGGAGCUGCCCGACCUGAGCCACCUGACAGAGGAGGAGAGGAACAUUAUCAUGGCAGUGAUGGACCGGCAGAAAGAAGAGGAGGAGAAAGAAGAGGCCAUGCUUAACUUGGAUACCUGUGGAAUUAGUGACCCUUCUAGACAUGAUUUCAAAACUGCUUCACGGGAGAAAACUGCUUUCAGUUGGUCAGACGGUUCUGUCUUAAAACAAUGGAGGUUGCAUCAACAAUUUGAAAGCUAUAAAGAACAAGUAAGAAAGAUAGGGGAAGAAGCCCGCCGUUACCAGGGAGAGCACAAGGAUGAUGCUCCAACAUGUGGAAUCUGUCAUAAAACAAAGUUUGCAGAUGGUUGUGGCCAUUUAUGCUCUUAUUGCCGGACCAAGUUUUGUGCUCGAUGUGGAGGUCGUGUCUCUCUGCGAUCAAACAAUGAGGACAAAGUGGUUAUGUGGGUAUGCAAUUUAUGUCGAAAGCAACAGGAAAUCCUAACGAAAUCUGGAGCGUGGUUUUUCGGAAGUGGACCACAGCCCUCGCCCAGCCAGGAUGGAACGCUGAGUGAUACAGCAACUGGUGGAAGCUCAGAUGCACCAAGAGAGAAGAAAGCAAGACUUCAAGAGCGAUCGAGAUCACAGACUCCCUUAAGUACAGCAACUGCCUCAUCACAGGAAAUCUCUUCUGCCAGUGUGCAGUCUGACCAUAGGAAAGGAGCAGAAGUAUCACAGCCAGCUAUGGGCGUGGACCAAAAGCAAGUUUCAUCAAGGUCUAGAAGUGAACCUCCAAGAGAGAGGAAGAAGACAAUAUCAGUUUCGGACCAGAAUGGCAAAGUUUUAAAGAGUGAGCGUAAGCGUGUGCCAAAAUCCUCGCUUCAGAAAGAAGGACCAGCAGAUGACAGGGAGCGUAAAGAACGACGUGAAGGUAGAAGGCUGGAGAAGGGCAAGUCACAGGACCUGCCAGAGAAACUUGAGGAAGGCAAAGUGCCUGACGAUGAAACACAAAGGAAGGAAGAUGAAUAUCAUACCCGUUACAGGAGUGACCCCAAUCUGGCAAGAUACCCUGUAAAACCUCAUCCUGAGGAACAGCAGAUGCGCAUGCAUGCAAAAGUUUCUAAAGCACGACAUGAGAGAAGACACAGUGAUGUAGCUUUGGCACAUACAGAAAUGGAGGAAGCGGAGGUACCUGAGAAUAAAUUAGGAAAACGCUCACAAUUACAGGGAACUCAGGACAGAAAAUCUCUUGUGGAAACUCAGAGGUCGUACUCUAUAGACAGAACAGGUGAUGUAAGAAUUUCUGUUUCUAAACAAUUAACUAAUCAUAGCCCACCAACUCCCAGGCAUAGUCCAGUUCCUAUAGAACACAUAGAAUACAAGAACCACGAUUCCUUUAAAAAACAGAGCCGCCUUGAUCCUAGCUCUGCUAUUCUCAUGCGAAAAGCAAAGCGGGAGAAAAUGGAGACCAUGCUAAGGAAUGAUUCCCUUAGCUCUGACCAGUCGGAAUCAGUGCGGCCAUCCCCUCCAAAGCCUCAUAGAGCAAAAAGAGGCGGAAAGAAAAGGCAGAUGUCAGUUAGUAGCUCAGAGGAAGAAGGGGCAUCAACACCAGAAUAUACUAGCUGUGAAGAUGUGGAGAUAGAAAGUGAAAGUGUCAGUGAAAAAGGUGACUUGGAUUAUUACUGGCUGGAUCCUGCCACGUGGCACAGCAGGGAGACAUCCCCCAUUAGUUCGCAUCCCGUAACGUGGCAGCCUUCUAAAGAGGGAGAUCGCUUAAUUGGGCGUGUUAUUCUCAACAAGAGAACAACCAUGCCAAAAGAAUCAGGUGCAUUACUGGGGCUAAAAGUUGUUGGAGGAAAAAUGACAGAAUUAGGACGACUCGGUGCCUUCAUUACCAAAGUGAAGAAAGGUAGCUUGGCUGAUGUGGUGGGGCAUCUCAGAGCAGGGGAUGAAGUUCUAGAAUGGAAUGGUAAACCCUUGCCUGGAGCUACAAAUGAAGAAGUUUACAACAUUAUUUUAGAAUCAAAAUCAGAACCUCAAGUUGAAAUUAUUGUUUCAAGGCCUAUUGGUGAUAUUCCACGGAUUCCCGAGACUUCUCACCCCCCGUUAGAGUCUAGUUCAAGUUCUUUUGAAUCUCAGAAGAUGGAAAGGCCUUCUAUUUCUGUUAUAUCUCCGACCAGCCCUGGAGCCCUACGGGAUGCACCACAAGUCCUACCAGGGCAGCUUUCUGUUAAACUGUGGUACGACAAAGUGGGACAUCAGUUAAUAGUAAAUGUUCUGCAAGCAACAGAUUUGCCACCAAGAGCAGAUGGACGCCCUAGGAAUCCCUAUGUGAAAAUGUACUUUCUUCCAGACAGAAGUGAUAAGAGUAAAAGGAGGACCAAAACAGUAAAGAAAAGUCUAGAGCCAAAAUGGAACCAAACUUUUCUCUACUCACAUGUACAUCGUAGAGAUUUUAGAGAACGAAUGCUUGAAAUAACCGUAUGGGAUCAGCCAAGAGUACAAGAAGAAGAGAGUGAAUUUCUUGGAGAGAUUCUUAUAGAGCUGGAGACAGCCCUUUUAGAUGAUGAACCACAUUGGUAUAAGCUACAGACACAUGAUGAAUCUUCACUACCUCUGCCUCAGCCAUCACCUUUCACGCCAAGAAGACAUGUUCAUGGUGGAGAAAGCACUAGCAAAAAAUUACAAAGAUCUCGGCCAAUCAGUGAUAGUGACAUCUCAGAUUAUGAUGUUGAUGAUGGUAUUGGAGUUGUUCCUCCAGUUGGUUAUAGAUCUAGUACUAGAGAAAGUAAAUCUACAACGCUAACUGUGCCAGAACAGCAAAGAACAACACAUCAUCGUUCACGAUCUGUAUCUCCUCACCGUGGUGACGAUCAGGGCAGGACCCGUUCACGUUUACCAAAUGUGCCAUUACAGAGGAGUUUAGAUGAAAUUCAUCAAAUGAGAAGAUCACGUUCUCCAACUAGACACCAUGAUGCCUCCAGAACUCCAGUUGAUUACAGAUCCAGAGACAUGGAUAGUCAGUAUUUGUCUGAUCAAGAAAGUGAGCUUCUUAUGCUGCCCAGAGCAAAACGAGGAAGAAGUGCAGAGUGCCUACAUACCAUCAGUGAACUACAGCCCUCCCUUGACAGGGCUAGGAGUGCUAGUACCAACUGCUUGAGACCAGAUACUAGUUUGCAUUCACCAGAACGAGAAAGGGGUAGAUGGUCCCCCUCCCUAGAGAGGAGACGACCUACUAGUCCCAGGAUUCAUAUCCAGCAUGCAUCUCCGGAGGAUGACAGGCAAUCCAGAAAAGUGGAAAGAUAUAGCAGCCAAAAACAAACUAGGAAAGUCUCCGCAACUGAAACAGAAAGGGGGCUGCUACCAUGUGUUUCUAGAAGGGGACUUCCAACCCCACGAACAACUGAACAGCCAGUCAUUAGGGGAAAACAUCACGCUCGCUCAAGGUCGAGUGAGCACUCUAGUAUCAGACCCUUAUGCUCUGUACAUCACCUAGCGCCCGGAGGGUCGGCGCCACCUUCUCCACUUCUGACAAGAAUACAUCAACAAGGAAGUCCCACACAGUCUCCUCCUGCAGACACAUCCUUCAGCAGUCGCAGGGGAAGACAGCUACCGCAAGUUCCAGUAAGAAGUGGCAGUAUAGAGCAAGCAAGCUUAGUAGUGGAGGAGCGAACAAGACAGAUGAAAAUGAAAGUGCACCGUUAUAAUCAGACAUCAGGGUCUGGUUCUAGCCAAGAAUAUGAGCGUGAGCAAUAUACCAAGUAUAAUAUACAAACAGAUCAGUACAGAAGUUGUGAUAACGUCUCUGCCAAAUCAUCAGAUAGUGAUGUCAGUGAUGUGUCAGCCAUUUCCCGAACCAGCAGUGCCUCACGUCUCAGCAGCACAAGUUUUAUGUCGGAGCAAUCUGAACGCCCUCGUGGCAGAAUCGGAGGGACAGGAGCAGGCCAUCACAUCUGCUGGGAAGGGAACCUGCUCGGAGGGACAGCAGGACUGUUGCUCAACAAUACAUUUACUCCUAAAAUGCAAGGCAGACGGAUGGGGACUUCAGGGAGAAUCACUAAGAGCACAAGUGUCAGCGGAGAGAUGUAUAAGCUGGAGCACAAUGACGGGAGUCAGUCAGACACGGCUGUCGGCAUGGUUGGAACAGGUGGGAAGAAAAGGCGUUCCAGCCUUAGUGCCAAAGUGGUUGCCAUAGUGUCUCGAAGGAGCAGAAGCACAUCUCAACUUAGCCAAACAGAGGCUGGCAGCAAGAAGCUAAAGAGCACGAUACAGAGAAGCACAGAGACAGGAAUGGCGGCAGAGAUGAGAAGUCGCAUGGUUCGACAGCCAAGUCGGGAAUCCACUGACGGCAGCAUAAACAGUUAUAGCUCCGAGGGCAACUUAAUAUUCCCUGGAGUACGGCUGGGCGCUGACAGUCAGUUUAGUGAUUUCCUUGAUGGACUUGGACCUGCACAGUUAGUAGGCCGACAAACAUUAGCAACUCCUGCCAUGGGUGACAUCCAGAUUGGAAUGGUGGACAAAAAGGGCCAGUUAGAAGUAGAAGUCAUUAGAGCCCGCGGCCUCACACAAAAACCUGGCUCCAAAUCUACCCCAGCUCCGUAUGUCAAAGUGUAUUUAUUGGAAAAUGGAGCAUGUAUAGCUAAGAAGAAGACAAGAAUUGCACGGAAGACCCUUGAUCCUUUGUACCAACAGACACUGGUUUUUGAUGAAAGUCCACAGGGUAAAGUCCUUCAGGUAAUAGUUUGGGGAGACUAUGGCCGAAUGGACCACAAAUGCUUCAUGGGAGUUGCCCAGAUCCUUCUGGAGGAACUGGAUCUGUCCAGUGUGGUAAUAGGCUGGUAUAAAUUAUUUCCACCUUCAUCACUAGUGGAUCCAACCUUGACUCCCCUGACACGCAGGGCUUCCCAGUCAUCUCUGGAAAGUUCAACUGGGCCUCCCUGUAUUAGAUCAUAGUAGCAGGUGCUGUCUGAUAAAAACAUCAUCCAGGAUAACAAUUGGAACCAGAUAUUCACAUGAUCAAAAAACACUGUUGGAGAGAGACAAUCACUUCUGUUUUCGCUUGUAGUAGUUAUCCAAACAUAUGUCUGUCUAUUGAGAGAUGGCUUUAAUUGACAGAACAAAGGUAUAUCACAUAUGGCCAACCUAUUAGCGGCUAUCAAUCACAGAUGCUUAUAAUGAUCCAAACGAAAAAAAAGAAAAGAGAGAGAGAGAUACCCUUAGAUUCGACCUAAGUCAGAGAUGACCCAAACUGGAAGCUCUCACUCUGCUAACAAUGUUGUAAUUCUCACACUUUGACAGAGCCCGCAAGCAGCAUUACCUUCCUGGUGUUUCAGCAGUUUUUCUGUACUUGUCACUUCCACUAGUUUUUUGCCAUGUGAUUCUGCUAGUUUUGUAGAAGUCCUCACAACGCUAACAGAGACCCUUCCUUUCUUUUUCUAAACCAAACAAAAAAGGGCUGAAGCAUACCUCUGUAAGCAUUGUUAAACUGUUCAACAGCCACAGUUACAAUUCCAGUGAGUUAGUUCAAAUCGUUCUCAGUUCUGGUACUUCCAAGUUGCUCGUGUGGAGACUCAGAACAAAUGACCAACCUAAGUUAGAUUCUUAAAAAAUAAAUAAUCAUCACAGUGCUACUUUUUCUUUGUACAAAGCAGAUAUGUUUGCAUUAUAUAUAAUAACUUUUAUGUUGAUGAUGUUUUGCAUGGAAGAAUUUUGAAGAAUUCUGCAGCUACUGCUGGGGACUGGUAUAAAGCAGCUUUAGUCUUAAUUUUGACAUUGAAUAUAUUACUGGUAAUGCAAUUUUCCUCCUAGAAGUGGAGAGGAAAUAUUUACGUUUCUGUGUAUAAAUGUAUAUUUGACUUCCCAAAAUGUUGACCAGGAAUGGAUUGAGCAUAUGACACUUUCAGCUGUACCCAGGCUUCUCUGAUGUGUGUCACUUCAGACGCACCUGUCUGCCCUGGAUAGAGCAUGGUAUGAGUUGUUCAAUGUUUCACUGGAAAUUCCAGUUGAAAUAUUCUGCACUUACUAAUGUUUUUAUCAAAUUUUAGUUUACAUUUCUUUGAGAUUGAUGCAAGCACAAGGCUUGAUUUUUUAACGCAAGAUAUCUUACUUUUUGGAGAAAAAAAUAAUAAUUCAAAUUUCAAUUUGCUUUUUAUUCAUUUGAGUUCUUCUUGGCCUCGAAAUCCCUUGUGAUAUUCUGUAAAUGUGCGAACAACUGCAGAUUCCUGCAGGUGCAUUGAUAUGUUUCCCCUCCUUUUACAGGCCAUUCAAUUUUGUGAUUACACAGAGCAGCAUGACUUGGAACUGUUCAAAGCUGCAUGCACGUUUUGUAAAAAGAGAUGAAAAAGGUUAUUUAAUAAUGUAUGUUAGUUCCACAUAGGCCAGCUUGUAUGUUGCAUGUACUUGUACAGUUUGCUCGUAGUUACUAUACUGAAGUAACCAAGAAAUCUAAGCCAUCCAUUUUUCUUAUAGACAUUUUGCAGGUUUUAGCCAGGCUAGGUUGGUGAGUCUGGUGCUAAAUGUCUAUAGAUGGACUUUAUUUUUUACCCUAUGGAAAACGUGAUGUAGUACGGACCAAAUUCCUUCUAAUAACUAUUUUGGUGUAGAUUCCUACUGUGGGGCUGUAACACAUGUAGAAACUGUGUACACACUAGGUUUUAAUCCAUAGACAUACUGCCUGCACCAAGUGAACUAUUUAUUAUUACUCAACACGUGGGAAUUACUCUGCCCAUCUUUCCAUAGGGCGCAGAUUGGUUACUGCUCGACCUGCUGAGCAGGAAGAACUCAAGAAUUGGUGCACUACUACUAGAUCCUGUUCUGUCUUAGUGGCCAAAAACCAAGUAGUUAUAAUUCGAUAGUAUCUUUCUAUUUUGACCACUUGUCUUAACACUCCCCUGUGCUUUUAAAUGAACUUCCAACUCAUGUUAUGUAAACAUGUUUAAUAAAAUUUCCUUUUCAUGUC